AUGUCUACUACUACCACCUCUACCACCUCGUCCGUGAGCGCCACCAGCACUGCCUGCGGUGGCAGCGUCUGGCAAAUCCCCACAACCGAUGCAGCCUGCGCGGCCGUCAUUAGUGGGAACAUGACCGAUGUGAUGGAUAAUUGCUGCAAGAACGCGAAGGUUUCCAAGUACGACAAUGACUGCGGCAUCUACUGUCUCGCCCAAGGCCAAACCGUCGACAAGCUCCAGUCCUGUCUCACCAGCAAGAGCGGCAACUACCACAAUGUCUUCUGCAAUGCCGCUCUCAACGCGACCGCCACUGCCACAUCCACAGGCUCCAAGUCCACUUCCUCGGGCACCGGUACUAGCACGCACUCUGCCACCUCCACUUCUACAAACGCCGCUAUUGCGAACCAGCCAAUCUCCAAGUCUGGUGUUGGAUUGAUUGCCCUCCUCUUCGGCUCUGCUUUGAUGGCUGUUAUUUCUUGA